AUGCCAGCUCAUCCUGAUUCCAAUCUCUAUCCCGAGGCCAGUGGUGCUGCCAAGACGCUGGUCGAUCAGCAUCGCGCUGAACAGCCAUUAAAGUUGUAUGCGGGGUGGUUCUUGCAACGAGUCUGGCUCGCCCUCGAAGAGGAAAAGAUCCCGUACGAAUAUAUCGAGGUCAACCCAUACAACAAGCCAGACUCACUACUCAGACUAAACCCCCGAGGCCUAGUCCCUACACUCACAACGCCAGCAGAUCCACACCCACGGCCACUAUACGAAUCCACUGUGAUCCUGGAGUAUCUGGAAGAAGCAUACCCAGAUCACCAACCCCGCUUCCUCCCAGAGGAUAUCUACGAGCGUGCCCGCGCACGCAUUUGGAUUGACUAUAACACAGAUGCCGGGUUGGUUCAGGCUCGGCAAGAGUUUUUGAGUCACCUGAAAGCCUGGGUGAAGGAGACGCACACCGAGGGACCUUUCUUCCUUGGUGGGGAUAUUAGUUUACUGGAUCUGGUUCUGGCUCCGUGGGCCGUACGACUGUGGGUGUUUGAUGAGUUUAAGAGUGGUGGAUUGGGGAUUCCGAGGGAGGGGGGAGGGGGUGCAGAUGAGAGUAUUUGGAGCCGGUGGAGGACUUGGCCGGCUGCUAUUGAGAGCAGACGGAGUAUCAAGAAGACUACAAGUGAUCGUGCGCAUUAUCUUCCCAUCUACAAGAGAUAUGCGGAUAAUACAGCUCAAAGUGAGUUGGCUAAGGCGACCCGGGCUGGUCGUGGGGUUCCUUGA